GUCAGAGUCACUGGCAGGGUCAGAGUCAGAGCCUCAUCUUGGCGACGCAGACGGUGUUGCCAGGUACCUGGUUGUUUAGCAGCGGAAGUCCUGCCACCCCGUGUCCUGCUGAAGUCAGGUGCCUGAGGACACGUCUGGUAUACGUUUUUUUUCCAGCAUUCGAGAUUACUUUUACAUUUGAGAUAAUCCUGUUUUGGCGCAAGGCGGUUGCUCUGCACGACAAGGCUUACAGGCAAUUUCCCCUGGAGCUUCAUGGCGCAGACGGCGAGCAGUCUGCACGUUUCCUGUUCUGUGUUCCACACCCCGGGCCCGUCAUAUGGUGCCAGAGAAAAGACGCGCACUGCAGCUUUUGAGGCAAUCCCAAGAAGUGCAAAGGCGAAUCUUGUGCUGACUUCUAGUCAGGGGUGGAUUCAUGCAGACGGUGGUUUUGGAAACAAUGCCAAGGGGCAUAGCACUACUGCUUGUAAAAGGUGGCACUGUCGGAGACAACUAGCUGGACGCCAGCUCGCGGCUGAAUCUGUCUGCAGGGAUUGUAAAGCGGACCGUUUGCAGAAAAGGCAAGGCGUUAAAGCGCAUGCUGGCCCCUCAGAAUCAGACGACCUUGACCAGGAGAAGCUUGAAAAAGCUGAAGUGACAAAUAAGUUCCCCAGCAUUCCCAGGUUUCUGCGGGAGAGCCCUCCUGCUCGGUUCCUGGCUUCCGCCUUCUCGCAAGGGGAUGGAUCGGCAGAAACUGGUGGUGGUUCAAUGCGGAAGCAAGUCGUCGCUGCCUUUAUGGUGGCGCUUGCUUUGACCGGCGCAGUGGCAGUUACAGAGCCCUCAGGGGCCUUUGUGACGGCCCCCCCCAGGAGGCUCCAGGGGGAUGAGUUGCAGACUGUGAACCUCUUCCAGAAGAACACGCCGUCGGUAGUGUACAUAACCAACCUCGCUGUAAGGCGGGACCAGUUCACCCUAGAUAUUAUGGCUGUGCCCCAGGGCUCUGGAUCCGGUUUCAUUUGGGACAAGCAGGGCAACAUUGUGACAAACUACCACGUCAUCAGGGGCGCUUCUGACCUCAGGUGC